CAAGAAGCAGAUGAAUCCUAAUCUAAAUUGCAGUAAUUCCGGGUUUAAAGGAAUGGAGAAUUUUCUAGCCCUUCACAAAAAAAGACUGCUCGUGUUUUUUUAUGAGACUUCUUAAUGGCAAAUAAUGGCUAACAAAUUGGGGAGAUUAACAAAAUAUAUUGUGUUACUCUGUUUCACUAAAUGUUUGAAAGCUGUGGGACUUUUUGAAUCAUAUGAUCUCCUAAAGACUGUUCACAUUGUUCAGUUCAUUUUCAUAUUAAAACUUGGGACUGCAUUUUUUAUGGUUUUGUUUCAAAAGCCCUUUUCUUCUGGGAAGAAUAUUAGCAAACACCAGUGGAUCAAAAUAUUUAAACAUGCAGUUGCUGGAUGUAUCAUUUCACUCUUGUGGUUUUUUGGCCUUACUCUUUGUGGACCCCUAAGGACUCUGCUGUUAUUUGAACACAGUGAUAUUGUUGUCAUCUCAUUACUCAGUGUUUUGUUCACUAGUUCUGGAGGAGGACCAGCAAAGACCAGGGGAGCUGCUUUUUUCAUUAUUGCUGUGAUCUGUUUAUUGCUUUUCGACAAUGAUGAUCUCCUGGCUAAAAUGGCUGAGCACCCUGAAGGACAUCAUGACAGUGCUUUAACUCACAUGCUUUACACAGCAAUUGCCUUCUUAGGUGUGGCAGAUCACAAGGGUGGAGUACUUUUGCUAGUACUGGCUUUGUGUUGUAAAGUUGGCUUUCAUACAGCUUCCAGAAAGCUCUCUAUAGAUGUUGGUGGAGCCAAACGGCUACAGGCUUUAUCCCAGGCGGUUUCUGUGCUGCUUUUGUGCCCAUGGGUCAUCAUUCUUUCUGUGACAAUGGAGAGUAAAGUUGAGUCUUGGUUUUCUCUCAUUAUGCCUUUCACAACGGUUAUCUUUUUUGUUAUGAUCCUGGAUUUCUAUGUGGAUUCCAUUUGUUCAGUCAAAAUGGAGGUUUCCAAAUUUGCCCGCUAUGGAUCCUUUCCCAUACUUAUUAGUGCUCUCCUUUUUGGAAAUUUUUGGACACACCCAAUAACAGACCAGCUUCGGACUAUGAACAGAGCCACACAACAGGAGAGCACAGAACAUGUCCUGUCCGGAGGAGUGGUCGUGAGUGCUGUGUUCUUCUUUUUGUCUGCCAACAUCUUAUCAUCUCCCACUAAGAGAGGACAGAAAGGUACCCUUAUUGGAUAUUCUCCUGAAGGAACACCUCUUUAUAACUUCAUGGGUGAUGCGUUUCAGCAUAGCUCUCAGUCAGUCCCUAGGUUUAUUAAGGAAUCACUAAAACAGAUUCUUGAGGAGAAUGACUCCAGGCAGAUCUUUUACUUCCUGUGCUUGAAUCUGCUCUUUACCUUUGUGGAAUUAUUCUAUGGUGUCUUGACCAAUAGUCUGGGUCUGAUCUCAGAUGGAUUUCACAUGCUCUUUGAUUGCUCUGCUUUGGUCAUGGGACUUUUUGCUGCUCUGAUGAGUCGAUGGAAAGCAACUCGGAUUUUCUCCUACGGGUAUGGCCGAAUAGAAAUUCUCUCUGGAUUCAUUAAUGGACUUUUUCUAAUAGUAAUAGCUUUUUUUGUGUUUAUGGAGUCAGUGGCUAGAUUGAUUGAUCCUCCGGAAUUAGAUACAAACAUGUUGACACCAGUCUCAGUUGGAGGGCUGAUCGUAAACCUUAUUGGAAUCUGUGCCUUUAGCCAUGCCCAUAGCCACAGCCAUGGAGCUUCUCAAGGAGGUUGUCACUCAUCUGAUCACAGCCACUCACACCACACACAUGGACACAGUGACCAUGGGCACGGUCACAGCCAUGGAUCCUUAGGUGGAGGCAUGAAUGCUAACAUGAGGGGUGUAUUUCUACAUGUUUUGGCAGACACACUUGGCAGUAUUGGUGUGAUCGUGUCUACAAUUCUGAUAGAGCAGUUUGGGUGGUUUGUUGCCGAUCCCCUCUGUUCUCUUUUUAUCGCUGUACUAAUAUUUCUCAGUGUUGUCCCACUGAUUAAAGAUGCUUGUCAAGUUCUCCUUCUAAGACUGCCACCAGAACAUGAGAAAGAACUACACAUUGCUUUAGAAAAGAUACAGAAAAUUGAAGGAUUAAUAUCAUAUCGAGACCCUCAUUUUUGGCGUCAUUCUGCCAGUAUUGUGGCAGGAACAAUUCAUAUACAGGUGACAUCUGAUAUGCUGGAACAAAGAAUAGUACAGCAGGUUACAGGAAUACUUAAAGAUGCUGGAAUAAACAAUUUAACAAUUCAAGUAGAAAAAGAGGCGUACUUUCAACAUAUGUCUGGCCUAAGUACUGGAUUUCAUGAGGUUCUGGCUAUGACAAAACAAAUGGAGUCCAUGAAAUACUGCAAAGAUGGGACUUACAUCAUGUGAGAUAACUCAGGAACACCCCUGGCCUGUCAGUGAUGAAGAUUAACUCAGUGUUUGUAAUAGUGCCCGAAGGACAAAAAUUGCACAUAAUUGUACAAAACCUUUUAAAGCUGUUAUUUGGAGAUUGGAUCAAGGAAUCUUUCUUAAAGAAAAUUUAAAUACAAAAUAAAACAUUAUUGGUACAAGAAAAAUAAUUACCACAUUUGAAUUAUGUGUAUGAAAGAAAUCUUAACAUUUGAAUGAACAUGUUACAUCAUCUUUGAAAAUGGACAAAUGAUGGAUUCUAAUGACCAAAAUUACUUGUUUUCUUUCUAUCAGAAAGUAUCUCCAUUGUAAAUAUGUAUUUACAUGUUUAUUACAGAGACCCAGAUGAAGUUUUUAGUCAAUUUUUUGCAUACCCUGAGAUAAAAUAGGAAUAAAAAUUAUAUAUUUAUGAAUUUUCUGUAUAUAAAACUGGUUUUUAAGUAUAAUUUAAGUUCAUUAAGUAAAAUCUAACUUGCCACUUUAAAUGUAAACUAAAUUAUUUAGAAGAAACUUCAACCACUGAUUUGAGCUAAGUAGUGAAAUCAGGAAAGUAUCACGUUACAGUUUUUGAUGUAUUACAAGACCAACCACUCUGUAAAAUAAAUUUUUUUUUACUUUUGGUAAUUUUUGCAAAUGAAUAAUUUAUUAGGGUUAGGAACUUACACUAAUUUGUGUCUGUGUUACUCAUUUAUUCAUUUGUCAUCUUCCUCCAAAGCAGAAUGUUCUAUCUCUUGCUACACAUCUGGCAUUCCACGUUGUUAUCAUGCAAUCCCAGGUUUUUCAUCAUUCUAUCCACUGAAGAGCCAACCAAGAGACAUUAAUAACUGUCAGCUCA